AGUAUAUAUUUUCUUUCCCUCUUUCUUACAUUAAUAAGAAUAAUAUAUAUAUAUUCAUAUCAAAAAGAUGGUUGCUACAUCACUUGCAAAGCAAAACUUUAGUCAAGCAGCUGAAGAUGCUAUCAAUACUCAGAUUCAAAUGCAUCAAAUGGCUCAACAGACCUAUUUAUCUGCUGCUGCUUAUUUCAAUCACUGCGAAGCUGCUUUACCUGGUUUUACGAAAUUCUUUCAUGAGCGUGCAGAACAUGAAGGCGAACUAGCUCAGUAUUUGAUUGAUUAUCAAAUCACUCGUGGUGGCAUCUGUAUUAUUGGAAGUGUACCUCAACCAUUGCUUGAUUGGAAAUCGGCUGUCAAUGCUGUUGAGACAUGUUUAGCUCUUGAAAAGGAUGUAAACAAGUCUUUAUUGAACUUGACUAUCAUUGCCUAUAACGAAACAGAUCCCCAUUUGAAACACACUUUAAAGACAAACCAUUUAAAGGCCAAGGUUCAAACCAUUGAAAAUGUUGCCAAGGGCUAUACUCAACUCAAACGUGUUGGUGGAGAAGGCCUAGGCUUACAUAUGCUGGAUCAAGACUUGUACAAGCAUGAAAAGUUUGUCGUUUAAAUAAAUUCAUAAAAGUGUUUUCUGUUACAGUCUCA